CGUAAAUAAGGGGAGUGAACGGGAAGGCAUGCUUUAAACCCUGUGCCCUCAGUGGAAAGGCAGCCUGUGUUUGCAGCUCUCCUGCUUAUUAGCGAAGCAUAUGGUGCUGCUUUCUACUAGACUUACUCUUUCCAUCUAAAAAUGUGGACUGACCAGGAAAACAAGGUCCCCUGGUCCUUGAACUACUCGAUGACAUGGCAGAACAUGUGGCUGACUGUGAGCUACCACAGAGGCGGGCAGGGUCCAAGGAGCAGCAGAAUGGAAAGUUUGCAGAUAUCUUGUCACCAUCUGAAAGAAAACAAAGGGAUAAGGAGGAGCGUAUGGGGCUGGUACUGUGGAAGAAGCCUGUCCUCACCCUGCAGUAUUUCCUCCUGGAAGCCCUGAUUACCUUGAAGCAGUGGACGUCGAGGCUGUGGCAGCAGAGGGGUACUGUGUUCACUGUUCUAGUGCUGUUCACAUUGUUCUCCAUCAUCUACUCCAUUGAAGGAGCACAUCAGAAGUAUGUACAAUACUUGGAGAAGAAGUUCCUGUGGUGUGCCUACUGGGUAGGCCUGGGCAUCCUCUCUUCAGUGGGCCUUGGCACAGGCCUUCACACCUUCCUGCUGUACCUGGGUCCACACAUAGCCUCAGUUACCCUGGCUGCCUAUGAGUGCAACUCUGUGGACUUCCCCGAGCCCCCGUACCCUGACCAGAUCAUCUGCCCCCCAGAGCAGGUGGCAGUGGAGGGCAGCAUCUCCCUUUGGGCCAUUAUUUCCAAGGUCCGACUGGAGGCCUGCAUGUGGGGGGCUGGCACGGCCAUUGGGGAACUGCCUCCAUACUUCAUGGCCCGGGCUGCCAGGCUGUCAGGGGCUGAACCUGACGAUGAAGACUACGAGGAGUUUGAAGAGAUGCUGGAACAGGCAGACACUGCUCAAGACUUUGCCACCAAAGCGAAACUUGCCGUCCAAAAAAUGGUGCAGAAAGUUGGAUUUUUUGGAAUUCUAGCUUGUGCUUCUAUUCCAAACCCUCUGUUUGACUUGGCUGGAAUAACCUGUGGACAUUUUCUUGUGCCUUUUUGGACUUUCUUUGGUGCAACUCUUAUUGGAAAAGCAGUUAUCAAAAUGCACAUCCAGAAACUGUUUGUUAUCAUAACGUUCAGCAAGCACAUAGUGGAACAGAUGGUCUCCCUGAUCGGAGUGAUCCCGGUGCUGGGUGCCUCCCUGCAGAAGCCCUUUAGCGACUACCUGGAGGCACAGAGAGUCAAGCUGCACCACCGAGGUGGCGAGGGCACGCCUGCGGGUGAAAACUGGCUGUCCUGGCUCUUUGAGAAGGUGGUGAUCAUUAUGGUCUGCUACUUCGUCUGCUCCAUCGUCAAUUCCAUGGCACAGAGUUACGCUAAACGGCUCCAGCAGCAAAAGUACUCUGAGGAGAAAACCAAAUGAUGCUGACUCGUGGCUUCCCUUCUUAGCGCUCGUACAAAACUGGCACUGGUCACAUUGGCAUAGUCAUUUUUUGUUGUUAGAAUUCCAUUGGUUUACAGUAUGUUUAUUAAUUCUUCCUGUUCUGCUUUUACUGACAUAAUUUAUUGGAUCUUUUUUUUUAAAUGUGCCGAUUUUGUUUUGCUUCCUCACAAGCUAGUACUGCAGGGUUUGCAGUUUAAUUAAAAUGAUCCUUCAGUGUAGUAACAGCAUAAAUCUUUUCCAGACAGUUCAACAGCAGUGUCAAGUUGUAACUGGCGCUAAUACUUAUUGCAAAGCCUCAUGCUGCAGUGGUGGUGCAGCAUCUAAUGAAGUGAUCACAAUUCUUACUCAUAUUACUUGAUUUAUUUAAUUGAUAUACUUGUACAGGUGAGCAAGAUACAUUUUUCUUUUUCUGUAUUUUCAUGGUUUUUAUGGACUUAUUUUCAGGGCUUUUUUUAAGUUAAUUUAUCGGAACUAUAAUUUUUCCACAAUACUCAAAAUGAUAGCAAUACCAAGCGGAUAGACAUGGUAUUUGAACAGAUUGCACAUCCUGUAAAUAAUUUUCAGGUUACAGUAUGCACAUUUAUUUCUUAGAAGGUAGAAGAUGAAUACAAAGGAGACGUACCUUCACUUGUAGUUGUACAUACUGCUUUCAAUGUCAUUUUUAUUCUGUACAUUUAGAACAAAUUGUUCUGACUUUAUAAAACCGCCAUGAAUCAUAAA